CAGAUGACAAAUACUUUAAUGCGGUCGCGUGCAGUUACCCCGGUCCGCGGCGUCAAGCCCAAAACUACGAGACUAUAAGAGCGACCUGCAUCCGCAUCCCUAGCAGACAAGCACAAGGCUCAGACAUCAGGACAACCGACAAACAUCCCAACCACACACAACUGAUAUGCCCGGAAUACUCUUCCCUCUCGUAUAUGGCACCAAGUACUCCGUCGAAUCUAUACCUGAUCUCUCUGGCAAGGUCAUCAUUGUGACUGGAGGAAACAAUGGCAUUGGAUUUGCCACGUCCAUUCAUCUGGUUCGAGCAGGCGCAAAAGUAUACAUGGGCUCUCGAAACGCCAACAAAGCGGCAGAAGCAAUCAAGAAGAUCAAGGCGAUGAACUUCAAGGGUGAAAUCAUCUUUCUGAAGCUGGAUUUGAUGGACUUCGAGUCUACGCGUGCAGCUGCAAAAGAGUUCAGCAGUAAGGAGGACCAUCUGGACGUGCUCUUCAACAAUGCCGGCAUCAGUGGUGCAAAGGAAGACACAGUGGAUGCCGAUGGGCUUGAAUCGACCAUCAAAACGAAUCAUUUUGCGCCUUUCCUGUUUACUCAUCUACUACUCGACAAAUUGCUCAAAGCUGACGAGCCAAGAAUUGUAAACACAGCCUCAACUCUCUAUGAGUCUUUCAAGGUCAGCAGCGACUCUUUCUCUUCCGUGUCAGUAUUGAACCAACAGGGCACGAGCAGCCUGAGCCGUUACAACCAGAGCAAGUUUGCCAAUUUGCUAUUCGCCAUGUCUUUGGCUAAGAAGCAGCCCAAAAUUAUCUCAAAUGCAUGUCAUCCAGGGUUGGUUUCGACUGAUAUGCUGCAGAACUUUGGGUCACCGUUUGGUGCCCUCGUUUCGGCAUUCGUCAAAGGCCUCGUCAUCUUCCUGUCGAGCGUAUUGGGCGUCGUGCUCAACCCGCCUGAGGGUGCACUGACUCAAGUCUACCUGGGAACUGCUCCCGAAGUUGCCAAGAAGCACAUCUCCGGGGAGUAUUAUACCCCCAUUGCGAAUCAGACCAAGAAGACAAAGGAUGCCACUGAAGCCAAUGCAGAGAAGCUGUGGAAGGCGACAGAGGGCUACUUCAAGGCUCGCAACAUUUCUCUUUCGCUGUAAAUAGAUCGUGAUAGUAAUUGUAGUCUGUAAUUCAAGACAAAGGUCUCAGCUCUUGAUGUUGUUACGG